AAAGGCUUGACGGAGACCUGGAUUGCUACGAAAUUCGGCCCAAACGUGUACCACCGAUAAAUUCCCGGCUGCAUACGCAUUGUUCCCUCGUGAAUCACGCAGUAGCGACUGUGCUUGCGGUGGACUCGCGGAGUUCUUGACAUCGGCCGAUCCUGACUUCCUGAUACAACUUUGGGCGCUUAUCCACUUGGAAUUAAUUGCUCCAACACAAUCUCACUAUGUCAUCCUCCGUGGCGGCUGCAGCGGGAGCAGGCGCGGCGGUAACAUCAGCGAGCGCCGCUGACGCUGCUACACCCACCGAAACCCAAGCGGAAACGUCAUCUCAAACAACUCCUGAAGCAGCUCCAACGUCCCAGUCGACAACAUCUCAGUCAACAACCUCGGAAUCUACGACAUCUGUACCUACAUCGUCUACAUCGUCCACAUCAUCGACGUCCGAGUCAACCUCUUCUACUACAACGAUACCCAUAGCACCGACGACGACAAGUAGCGCUUCGAGCACUUCUACAAGUACCACCGAGGUGCCCACUACCACUUCCACCACUUCUCGGACGACUGCGACCCCCGAUGUGGUCACAACAGUGGUCACGCAGACACCAACCAAUGGGGCCACUGGGGUGGAAACCUUGACUAUAACCUCGACUGAUACAGCCAUUCCAACUGGAACUUCUGGGACUGCGGCGAAUGGCGUGUCUACCACAAUCAGCGGAUCAUCACCAACGUCAUCUUCGGGAGGAGGUGGUGGUGGUGGUAGCUCAGGGCUUUCGGCCGGUGGCACCAUAGCCGUUGCCGUGGUUGUGCCAGUCGCCUCGGUAGCUAUAAUCAUACUUGCGGCGUUAUACUUUUGGAGGAAAUGGAAAGCAAAGAAAGCGGCAGAAGAAGAACGGAGGAAGGAGGUGGAAGAAUACGGAUUCAACCCGAAUAAUGACCCUUCCCUACCUCCAAUCAUGGGCGCCGGAGCCUUCGAGCCGAAAGACGACAAUACUUCUUCGGGAUACCGAGGCUGGGGGACGACAUCCGCUGGCCGCAAAGCAUCUACCAACUUAUCAAGCAGCGCUGGAGUUGGCCUGGCGAUGUCCGAAGCUGGAAGUGCGCCUGGCUAUCAUCAUGCAGCUACCCCAAGUGAUGGGACUAUCCAGUACUCCGAAGGACAAGGUACUUUGGGGGAAACCGAACCUAUCGGGGUUCUGGGUGCUGCUCCGGUAGCUGCGGCGAAUAAUCGAAACGUCGACAUCCAUCGUGGCCCAUCGAACGCUUCAUCGGCAUAUUCUGCAGCCAACCGAUCAGAAGCGUCCGAAGAGAGCCACAUGUCUGCCACUCACCCCUCGGGUCCUUUCUAUGAUGAUAACCCGUAUUAUACUGAUAUGCAGCCGCAAUAUGGGGCAUAUGGUGAAGGCCCCUAUGGCGGUGCCCCGCCUGUAAUUCGGGAUGUCCAGGCGCGGCGCAAUACACGAAUUGAAAGCCCUGCCGUGUUUCCCAGACAGGGAAACGCUGGUAUCGCGCAAAACUUCUGAGGAGUAGCUUGAGAAGCUGGCCCUCUGAACAAUAUAAUGACGCUGCCGUCGCAAUAUUUGCCAUCUUGAAUAAUUGAUAUCCGGUUAGUGGUGUUCAGUCAUUUCUUCAAAUUCCUGCCUGGGCCUUCGCAACCCUAGACAUGGAAGGUUCUGUGCCAACAUCCCGCUGGAUGGAUGAACCAGUUCGCGGUCAUACUUUUGAGUAUCGUUCAACUGCCACAUAGCACGAGCCUCCCUUUUUAACUCUCGCUUGUUAUUUCUUUUGUGGCCUUCUCAGACCUCAAAACAUCUCUUUUCGUUUCUCAUUCCCCAUCAACCUGUUCCGUUGUUUUUGACUG